AUGACGCAACCCGGGGGAGGGCUGUAUUUGCGCCGCGCGCCGCCAAUAGCGAAGCAGAAGCCGGGCAGCUCGUGGAGGAGGAGGAGCCCAGAGCAGGAGGGCGGCGCCAAGAUGCGGCGUGAGCGCAGCCGGUCGAAGGUUGCUCUGGCGACUGUGUCGGCUGAGCCCCCUGCCGGCGUGGACGGGGAAGAGCAGGAGUCGGGCCGCUCCUCGUCGCCUUCGGAGGAGCGCCUGGAGCGGCUGCGGGAUCGGACGCACCAGGGCGGCCCGCGGGGGCCCGGCGCGGGCGGGAAGGGCCGGAGCCGCCGCGAGAGGGAGCAGCGCACCAACUGGACCUCCCCGUCCGGCCACGAGCGCAAGAUCGCCGCCAAGAUCCGCGCCAGCAUCGCCAAGCGCCGCCGCCAGCAGCAGAGCGGGCCCCGAUCUUCCCAGCUCCGGAGCCGCAGCAGGAGCCGGCGCCGCACCGCCACCGUCACCGUCACCCCCUCCCCGGGGCCAGAAGCAGCGGCAGGCCCCGACUCUGCUGCCCAGCAGCAGGUGUGCCCGUCAGGAGCAUCGGAGAGCGAGGAAGCCUCUUCACCCUGUUCUGACCAACAAUGCGCCUCCUAUCCUGUUGAAGAAAUGACCACCUACUGAGGGCUUUCCAUCACCGCCAUCCUGGAUGUCAGCUCCUCUGUAGCCAAAAACACCUUGGGCAGAGUUUGCUGCUGUGCUGCAGAGUCCCUUCACACCACCGGGUUCACAUCCUCCAGGGCUGUUUCGGUUCAAUAACACAAAAGUUCUCCGGCAAAAUUUAGUUUCAUGAUCUGUCUGGCACUUCCCAAGAUCACACACAUUUAUAAAAGUUGGAAUAUGUAUGGACAGCCUUUGCCCAACAUCCUUCCAGAUGUUUUGGAUUACAGCUCUUGUUGGUUCCAGCCAUGCUGAUGGGAGUUGUAGUCUGAAGCUCCUGGGGGCUGAUGGGAGUUGUAGUCUGAAGCUCCUGGGGCUGAUGGGAGUUGUGGUCCAGAACAUUUGAGGUGAGUGGAAUACAUGCUCCAAAACAUCAGGGGCGAUGGGAAGUUGUGGUCUGAAAUAUAAGAAGUACCGGGUUGCAGGAAGGCUGGGGCCAUACUUAAAGUGGAAAAUGAACAUAAGAAGCUGUCUUGCACUGAGUCAUAAUGCACCACUGAAUUAUCAUGCACUGUGAUCCCUUGACCGUCCUGGAGUAGAUUUCCUUGUCCUCACAGCUCUGGGCUCAUAAGAGUCCAGCUGGACUGGACCAAAGGCCUAUCUCCGCCUGCAUUCCCAUGAGAUCCAGCCAGAUGCCUCCUGUCAACAUGAGAGACUUUGCAUGCAAAGCAGAGUUGGGUGGGGAUUUGUUGCUACACCUCAUAGAGGUAGCAAAAUGUUUUUGGACACCACAUAAACAGGGGAAUGGUUUGCAGAGGCAUCUUCAAGCAUGAUCUACAAUUUAGACUUCUAAUUAUGGCCCCUAGCCAGC